UUACCAGUUUUUUUUUACCUCCACUUUCUUUCAUCAUGAUUGCCUUCGUCUCCGGCUUCGCUGGCGCCUCUGUCGCCCGCUCCAAUGCCUUCUCUGGAACUAGCGUCUCUACUCGCUCGGCUCCCGUCGUCGCAAAUGUCUCCAUGUCCAUGAGCAAGUCCAUUCCAUACAUGGAGCGCCCGGCCAAGCUUGAUGGGUCUUUGCCAGGCGAUGUCGGCUUCGACCCCCUCGGUAUCUCCAACAUGUUCGAGCUGGACUUCCUUCGUGAGGCUGAAGUUAAGCACGGCCGUAUUUGUAUGCUUGCCAUAGUCGGCUGGGUCUUCCCCGAAAUGGUCUACCACCUCCCGAACGCCGCCUAUAGCGUCACCAAUCCGCUGUACGCCGUACCCAGCGUCGGAUUCCUCCCUUGUAUCCAGAUUCUCCUUUUCAUGGCCGUAUGUGAGGCCGCCGCAUAUAAGAAGGUCUAUGAGCAAAACUGCGAAAACCCGGGGGACUUUGGAAUUGAUCCCCUCGGCUUUUCCAAGACACCAGAAAGAAAAGCUCACUACCAGCUCGCAGAGAUCAAGAACGGCCGCCUUGCCAUGAUUGCCAUUGGCGGCGCCAUCCAUCACGCUUUGCUCACCAACGUUGGGCUCUGGGAACAGAUCCAAUCUGGCAUGUACACCGGCGGUUACUACAUCCACUAGGCCAGCAAGUCUGCACGUGUAGUGUUGUAUAGAAAGGUUCCUCGGGAGGAAGGCGUGUUUGUACGGGCGUUGGCGGAGCGCGCACCUUCUCGACGUGCGUCAUCUGCGGGAACAGGAUUCAAAAGUCGCAGGCACCGCGUGUCAGCGUCUUUGUAACGGUGAAACAAGAGGACACAAGAGGAUACAAGAGCUGGUUUGGUACCGCGCAGAAAUAAAGCUUCAGGUUUUGCUUGUUUUUCAAAAUCUUGUUUUACCUCUCGCAUUCUGUAUAGCGUCUGAAUGAAGAAAACGAGUCACGUGAGGGAAGCAGACUCCUGAUCAGUGAUAUUUUGGACCUGCUCAUGUUCGAUGGGUUCUAUGUCAAUGUCUGGUACGUUUGGGCUGCAUCUCUCCCAUGGGUAAAUGACCCAGUUUUCCGUGGU